AUGGACACCUCUACUAGAACUGUACUAACAGGUACAAUGCAGUCCACCCCUGGUGAUCAGAACGCGAGUCGGAGACCGAAUCAAGCGGGAUUCAUAGCCUACGUCAUCGUUAUGACCGUUAUUGUGGUGGUAGGAUUCGUGGGCAAUGUUCUCACAAUUUUAGUCUUACGGCGCCGAGAGCAUAAAAACAAGGUCAUAACUCCGCUGAUGAUCAACCUCGCUGUUGCUGAUAUCAUUAUCAUCGUCUUUGGUUACCCUGUGGUUGCAGCCUCCAACUUCACCGAUCACAACGUUCUUGAAAACCAAUCGCUGUGUAUAUGGUCUGGAUUCAUAAACGGUUCCGUGGGAAUCGCGACAAUAGCCUGCCUGACAAUGAUGAGUUUUGCAAUGUUGCACAGCUUCAGUAAAGUCGGUAGACCGCGAAGAGUUCCAACUAAGAAAAUGGCUGGCAUGAUCAUUUUCACGUGGCUGUACGGAGUGACCGCGAUGUUUCCGCCGUUAGUGGGCUGGAACGAGUUCGUUCCCGGGAGUUCUGGGAUCAGUUGUUGUCCAAAUUGGCUGCCCGAAACAAAAUCAGGAACAGCAUACAACGUUCUGCUGGUUUUUGUCGGCUUCUUUCUUCCGCUGAGUAUCAUCGUGGUUUGUUACAAAAGGAUUUACAGGUUAGCUGAUAGUUAAUGAGAUUUUGGUGAAAGAAAAAUAUUUCAACAAGUAACUCCCAAAGGUCAAUUAUAUAGAUAAAAAGUAUUGCGAUACUCGCGCUGACGUCACCCAUUGAUAUUAAUAAACCUCGUUCCCAGGGUCCUCUCCUCUCGGAGUAGGAGAGGACACUGGAAACGAGGCUGCGACAUUUAUGUGCCAAACAGAAGCGCAUUGGUUCUUGAAACAAAAGGAUAUUUUGCUUCACUCGUUACACAAUUAUAUAACAAAACAGUGGUUGUAAAUGGUGAGUAUCGCCGGCUAUAAUAACAAAACAGCAAAGAAAUAAGCGUGUCGUGUGUUUGUCAAGUGGAGGAUUUAAUGAAACACAAAAGAAAAGUCAUUAAAACAAUGAAGAUAUAUUGAUACAGGAUUAUCCCGACCUAAAGAAAUAUUGAAAAAUUAUUGGAUGAGUUCUUUUGUGAUGUUGGGAAUGAUCAAGGUCGACGGCUCAGCUGAUAACACUUACUAAGAUCUUGAAUAUUCCCGACAUCACAAAAACUGAUCCAAUGAUAGUUCAGUUUUGAAUUCGUCGAGGCUGCUGCUGAAGCAUUGAAGACUCACUUAUACAGGGUAAGCCUCGACCAAGGUAAAUAUAUUCACAAAUUCCAGUUUGAAAAAGACCUGUGUAAAACUGUGUCUAUUGUUUAAAACUCAAAUUCAGGCACCCUCUUGCUGGUAUUUGGGAAUAUUUUACUUGAGGUCGAAGCCCUUUAUAAAUGAGUCUUCAGUGCUUCUAUUCAGGGGCCAAGACGAAAUCGAAAUUGGACUAUUGUUUUAUUUAUUAUACAUUGCUCAGUUGAAACUGAAGGACAAACAUAGCUAAACACAGUUUGACUAUGCUCUUGGAAAUCAUGCAUUACACGCGUAACCUACAGAUUAUUCAGAAAUCUGCUAACACAAAUAACUUACUAAUAGGUGUAUAAAUGGGUACCAGCGACAUACUAAUGGGGGGGGGGGGGGUAACCCUGCGAUGGACUAGCGUCCCGUCCAGGGGAGCAGCAGUACUCCUAGGUGCUUCAUGCUAAUGAAACUGCGAUAAGCUCCGGCCGUUUGGGCCUUUGGCUCUGUGCGCCUUUACCUUACUUUUUACCUAUGUUUUGAUACUGUAGGUUAGUCAAGACACAGCCACCCCAGUCAGGGAACAUUGCAAUCCAGGCCAGUAGAAAAAGAUCCCAAAUGAAACUUGUACGCAUGACCGCCAUGGCAAUCGCCGCUUUCGUUCUUAGCUGGUCGCCAUAUUGUUUAGUGAGCAUCAUCGCUACCAUCAGGGGUAGUACGGUGCUAUCCCCUGGUGAGGCGGAAGUCCCAGAUCUGUUAGCCAAGGCCUCGGUUAUCUACAAUCCAAUUGUUUAUACGGUUAUGAAUGACAGGUUCCGUAUAACUCUCUGGCAAAUUGUGCGCUGUCGCAGGUCAUGUUCCGGUGAGAUCGACAUUAAGCCAGCGAGACAUUCUUCCUCGGAAGAACAACAAAAUAGUAGUUCUUUAAGAAAAGGGACGAAUUCCAAGGAAGAUGACAAGUGAUCGAGGGAUAUUGAACCCUAUUACGCUAAAAGGACAAUGUACUUCAACUCACCACAACAAAUUGAUCUCUAUUAAGGAAUACCACCCAUACGGGGAUCACAGCGGAUUAUACAGUAUUCAAAGUGAUAGCUUGAGUUGUUGACUGUAGAAAGUGGUCAUGUCUUUUUUGAGUUUCUGUACUUCCUGAGUUGCAGAUGAAAUAAGGAAAUACUGCUGGACGCACGGUAAAAUGUUGUUUGUACUAUUGCAAGUAAUGCUAGUUUACGGCAUGUGUGUCCAGCUCAGUAAAAUAUCAUCACUGUAAAUUAGGCGCAACAAAUAUUGAGGUGUUUCUAUUUUCUGCAACAUUGCGCGCAAUGGAUUUUAUAGUGUGUUAGCUUUUCCAACAUUGCGGACGACAAAUUUCAUUGUGUCUACCUUCUGCAACAUUGCGAGCAAAAAAUUUCAUCUUGUGUCUAUCUCCUGCAAUCUCGAGCAAUGAAAUCUCAUCGUGUGUCUAUCUUCUGUGACAUUGCGCGCAAGAAAUUCGUGUGUCUACAACAAAUUUCAUCGACCGCCUACACGCCACUGCGCGCAACAAAUUUUAUUGUGCGUUCUUUCUACAGCAUUGCGCGCAACAAAUUUCAUCGUGUAUCCACCUUUUGCAAAAUUGCGCGCGAUGAAAUACGCCAUUUCCUAAGUGUAAAAUCUUUGUUGUGAAAAUGAGUUUUAUUCGCAUGAGAAUAAAAAACAUUUUCAUAUAAAAAGCCUCGCUUUGAAACAGAGGCUUGUGGCAACUCGGAAUCGGCCUAUUUCGUCUUAUGUCUACCUUCUGCGACAUUUUGCACAAGCAAUUCGUGUGUCUGCUACCCUCUUGAAUACUGCGCUUAACAAAUUUGAUCAUGUAUCUUCCUUUUGUAACAUUGAGGGCAAAAAAUUUCAUCGUGUAUCCAGCGUUUGCAACACUGCGCACAAGAAAUCUUCAUCGUAUGUCUGCCUUCUACAACACUGCACGCCAGUUUCAUCGCGCCGAUCUUGAAAACAGUUCGCAACAAAUCUUUAUCGCUACCCUUGUACAUCAUUGCGCACAACAAAAUUUCAGUGUUGUCUACCUUCUGCAACAUUGCACGCUACAGUUUUUCAAACUCCAACUAACUGUAUGUUUCUGCCUCGGUCAGUUCUUUUAGUUGUGCAUUUCAGUGAAAUAAGUGUGUUAUUAUCAUAGCUGGUUCGUUUGAAUUUGCGUCUUGACGGCAUAAAAUGUCAAUUGUAAGCCAUACACUUAUUACUAUGGCUAUUAUUCCUACAGAAUAGAUCGCCGACAGAUCUACCUUGUCUUAAACCAGACUCAAACCGAGUAGUGUUUAACAAUGACAUGUAAAUAUUUCACGUGGGAAAGUGUAUUAAUUAUUAAAUAAUGGAAAUAAGUAAACAGAUUAUUACGUUUUCAAAAAAGUUUUAUAUAAAGUUUAUAUUUGUUUGAAAAAAAAACGGAAACUGUUUGUUCUGACUUGUGUUCAUCAACUGAUUCACAUUAAGUGUUCUUUCACAGCUAAGGUAGUUAAGUUUAUUAAGUUUAUUCACUUUAUUAAGCUUUUAAGGCAAAAUAAGAUUAAAAUAGCCUUAUCGAGUUUUUAAACGAAAGUAGGUGUAACAUGUUUGUGUUCCAAGGAAGAAUUCCAAUAGAGAGGAGAGGAAAUCAUUACGUCACGUUACCAUUUGAGCAAUAUUUCUGGAUCUCAACAAACCGUGGUCCUGCAAAUUUGGUAGAAGAAAACGAAAAAAUUGGUAUGUAUGACUUUCCUGUGCAUGAUUUGCACUCGGGAACGAAACGGAAUUCCAUACUUUUCUUCCACCGUUCGACAAUGCAAACGGCCACCUCUACCAUAUUAACUUGACGUCGCACUUCUCCCCUCCAUAAACUUUUUACCUGUAUCUGUGUCUUGAAGCCCUUUAGGCCCCAGUAUCCGCAUACAAAUUCCCCAGACCGAUACAUCAACAAAGCAUUUUCCGUUAGGUGAACAUUUUAUCAAUUCUUUAUUCGUGAGUAUGUAUCGAAAACUGAUGAUGUCACCAUUAGCCAUGUUCUUAACGAGCGGGGAACUGGUUACGACUUAUGACCGCAAAGGCUCUGGAGAUCGUUCGAGGGGACAGUUGAAACAUGGCGGAUAGCUACGCAGUAAGCCACCUGUUGAAGACGGACUUAGGGUUGAAGAAUACAUACCUGGUGCAUCAUCAGUUUGGAUCACAGUACUUGUAAAGCGCUAUAUUUCUUGACCUUCAUGCUGGCCCUCCAGACGAUCGCAAGAAGAUUUGUGGUCACAUAUUGCACCCAGUUUUUCACUCGACAUGGCGAAUUGGGACUUAAACGCGUAAAUUUCAAGUUACGUUUCUACCUUUAUUGCCUACGAAAUUAUGGGUGAAACAUGCCAUUUUGGCGCCCAUCAACAGCAAAAUGAUAGAUUAUGAAAAGGAUAGUUUCGAAAAAAACGUCUUCGGUGGGCCUGAAAGCGAAAAUUUAGCUUCAUCAAGAGAUUUGAUACAAAAGAUUGACAACCUGACAUACCAAGCGCUCAAGUCUCAGCUGAGAGGGCCUCGGGUGUGUCAUGGUUCGUGAACACUGGCAAUUUUGGUUUUAAAGUGUGAUUUACUGCUUUGUCACUUUGUCAUUCAUUUAUUUGCCCAUGCACAGAGUUAUUACAGAAAAGCAAUAGAAUAAUUAUACCUGGGUAGGAGCUCUCAGCAACCCUUUAAGGCUUUACGAAGAGAGCUCCUGGAUACGUUUACAAUGACUUUAUUUUUAAGAUAAUAAAUUGGAUAUAGCUGUGUCACGAGGAUUAUAGUAAUUGGGGAACUAACUAAAACUAAUAGUUCUUGUAAAUAGUUUUCUUGUUUGAGGAGAAAAUGAGUUUCAUUUUUUUCCUGAACAAAUUGAUUGUCUUGAUUUCUUUGAUAGGAUUUCUUUGAUUUAUUUUACUGACUGUUUUUGGUAGCUGGUUCAUGCUUGGAAGUUGUGAACAUUAGAGUUUGAUCUUGUGUUGUAUUGAUAACUGCAUUUGUUCAGACAAAGAAAUCAUUGAAAGGUGAUGAUAGGUUCUUACUGAAGUAUCGAAACUUGAACAAAGCCAUAGUUUCAUUGUUUAUAUCAUCUAGAGGUAAAAUCCAUAGUUCUUUGAAGAGAGGACCAGUAUGUUCUUGAAAUUUUCAAAAAGUAAUUAAUAUACUUAUAAUUGUUUUGUAGCCUUGUUAUUGGUUCCAGUCAUGUUGUGUACGUAUUUCCCGAUGCAAUGUUACCAUAAAUUAGAUAUGGAUAGAUCAAUGCGUAAUAUAGACCUUGCAUGAAAACGCCGGGUAGAUUAUGCCUUGCUCGACAGAGUACACCAGAAAUAUGACUUAUUUGACAUUUCCAGUCAACAUUUCCGUCUCUAAGAAUAUCGAUCACACAAAACACGAAGUUUAUAUUAGCUUUUAGUUUAUUCGUCAACGCAAAAGUUACGCAUCUUUACUUGGCCACUGGGUAAAUUAAAUACGUCCUAAUUUUACUUUAAUGACAGCAAACAUGUAUCAGAUAUGGUUGCAUUUAAGUUGCCGGGACGUGAAUUUAAAGGUCUGUUGAACAUUGCACGAGAGAAAACAAAGUAUGUUUACGGAAUUAAUUUACCACAGUUUCUAAAAAAAUCAGCUCUUGUUUAAACUUCUUAAAACACAAUUACGCAGUGCAAUUCCAAAUUAAAGUCAAUAUCUACAUACCAAUUAUUAACGUUUCAUUUGUAGACCUCUGAAAAAUAUGGUUUUUUAUACUUCACUUUGAAGCACGUCAAACAUAAUUCUACAGGCCUGUAGGGAGGAAGAAGUCACGGGUGCCCUCGCACCCUCCCCGCCCCCUACAGGUUCCAGAGGUCCACUUUUUUAAACAUAUAAAAUUGUUCUAGUGAGGCCUUAAACUGCUGUUUAAAAAGUAAAAUCUAAAAUCCAAGCUCUCGCCGAUCAACGGUAUCAUCAGGGAUGAGAAAAUAUUCCGCGCGCGCUAUAUAAAUGAAUACAUUGCACAGUUGUACCCAUUUUUCCAGCCUCUUCUGCUGACUGGUCGUCACUGAUGGACUGUUUGGCAAUGUCCUUGGAAUGUGUCCUUUUAUACAAAACAUAUAAAAGAAGGACGAGGAGAACAUCCUGCAAAAUCAUUAAAUGCGCAUUACACAAAUUUUAAAUAGCUUCAGGUUUGCCCUAAAGGUCAUUUUAUUUCCAGUGGCUACAAGUCACUUCUCCAGAUCUUCGAAAAUACAAAGUCAUAAUUAUGCGUCAGUCAAUUCCAGCUGCACCCAGCACCCCCACCCCAUCCCCCCCCCGGGCUUACCCCCGGGCAUUAGCAUUUUUUUUUGCCUUGGAUGGCAAAUUCCUGGGGGUGGGGACUCUUUAGCUGUAAAAUCCGCCGAGGUGGGGACGAAAAAAGAGGGCAAACGCCCUGUCCUCAGUCAACACUGCAACAGUUUUCAUUAAUUGCACAGUCAAAUAGUACCGUUUUAAACAUUUUAAUGUGCAAUUUUUUGUUUCAAGUAAUGUAAUAGCACUAGGCUUCUAAUUAAGACUUCACACCGCGAUGACAUGCACCAGUUUAUGGUUUUAGUACCGAUAUAAAAUUAUUGACAUUAAAAUUAAUAGAAUGCUGUAAAGCUAUAUGUCAUGAAUAGGUUAUAAAUAUGAAAGGUGUUCUUCAAAUACUAUCAACAGACAUUUGAUUCACUAACUAAAAAACGUUGAUUCAGGUUGAUAGUUUUGCUAGGUAAUUUUGGCUUGAUUUGCGAUGAAGAAAUGCACGCAUAAAAUUGGGAACAUGCCUUUAUAACCCCCUGUCCUUGACAGAUGAGCCAAUCUGCUUUUUUCCCAGAAAUAUUCUCUGUAUAGUUAUAUUCUGAUAGGAAACUGAGUGUGUGUCAAAAGCUCGGGAAUACCCCCGGGACUGGCAAAUGUCCAGGCCCCGGGCAGCGCAAAAUUUGCAAAUACCCCACCCACAGGACUGAAAAGGCGGGCAAAUGCCCCGGGGGGGGCUAGGCGCAGCUGGAAUUGACUGAUGCUUUAAGCUUAAGUUAUAGUACAGAGAUAAAGAGGAUGGGUACGAGGCCAACUUUCGAAAAAAAUUAAUAAUGUCACUCUACUACAAACGAUCAUCAUAGCGCGUGCGAAAAUAUUCUUUUCAGCUCGAUACACGAAGGAUGCAUGGAAAGCAUCCCAUUGUCGAGUAGACAACAAAUUACAUAGGCUUCUAAUGAAAAUCUGUAUUGUAUUUAAAGGUCGAGGAGAAAUUGUUUGGUUUUAAUAUGCGCAUGCUGAAGUAAGCUUAUUUUAGCUUAACAUUUAGCGUACAAGCUUCUGGUUGAUGCCAAUCGAUCAAUGUCCGUUAAAAAAUCCAUCGCGAUUAGCAAAAUAACAACCUUGAACGUUAGUAUGCCACAAAGUUAGAGCUUACCGGGAUUACUUGAAACUUUCAUACCAUCAGGGAGCAGCUUUUGCAAAACACAGACGUAUAGACUCAGGGGCGGAUCCAGGAUUUUUUUUAGGAGGGGGUGCACUCGUCUCUUGCUCUACUUCAACACCAAUCAACCACAUAGUUUUUUUUUUUUGCAGAAUACCAGUUGUAUUAGAAAACCGCAGGUCAUCUUGGGGGAGGGUGCGCACCCCCUGCACCCUCCCCCUAGAUCCGCCCCUGAGACUUGAAAAUUGGUGACAAGUGGUAAAAUUGCGCUAAAAUCAGGGGGGUUUGGCCAUAUUAGCUAGGCGUUCUCUGGCCCGCUCUUUCCCAGACUUCGCGCGAACAACGGGUCGAGACACUGUGUCCCCAAAAUAUUUUUCCCCAAAACGUUAGAAUAUGUCAACAUUGUUCAUCUAACAAUAUUGAGAACAAAUUGCACUUCAUCUUUCAUUGUAGUCUCCACAGCCACGUAAGAGAAAAGCUCUUUGAUAAUGUCACUUUUAAUCCCCGAUCUUCACUAAUCUCAAUACAAUAGAUAAAGUAUUUUUUCUUUUCAAUAAUGUAGACCCAUUAAUUUGUAAAAAGCUAGGCCCUUUCUAGCCUGAAAUUCAUCCGAUUGCUUCGAGUCAUUUUCUCCUCUCAAGGGAAUAAUAACGACUCGAAGUAAUCGGAUGAAAUUCAGGCUAGGCCCUUUCAUUUUUGAAGGAUUCCAAAAAAGAAAAUGGUAAAAAAGCGUUGUUGUCGUUAUUGUUGUUCCGAAACCGCGCACUGACACGCUUGCUAUGCAGGCUUUACAUCAAUGCCCUCGAUUUCGCGCCUCACUGGCGUUAUUCACAUUUAAAUUAAUUUGUUUCAACACAGGUAGCCCAAGCUCGAAAUGUUGCGUCAAACUAUAAGGAUUAGUAUGGGAAAAAAAACCUAUCGUUUCUCUAACCUACGAAAAUGAAAGGAUUACAAUAAAAACAGCUUACCUUACUUAAAAUGUGUGUUAUGUCUCUCGUGUGUGGUCCACGGACCGAUUUAUUGCCGUUUUAUUGGUUUUUAUGUGAACGAUUUUCUCUCUAUGUAAAGGUUUACAUUUUCGUAGGUUAGA